GACAGCUGGUCACUCUGAAAGUCUGUUAAACUAAUCAUGUACAGGAACUUGGUAGUUCUGGCCGUCCUGGCCUUCUGCCUUGUCUCUGCUGAAUAUUACACUGUUCAAACGGCUGACAAAGUGUUUUUAUUAAAACAAAAGAAGAUAUACAACCUUUUGUAUCACAUUUCACAACCAGACAUCGUCAAUCCUGAUUUAUAUACUGAAGGUCAACAAUAUAGUAUUGAAGCCAACAUCGAUUCUUAUACCAAUCAAGAUGCUGUGAAAGAGUUCCUAUAUCUAUACAAACAUGGAAUGCUACCACGUGGCAACGUUUUCUCAGUCUAUUAUCCUAAAGUCCUAAAAGAAUCGAUAGCUUUGUUCCGUUUGUUCUAUUAUGCCAAAGAUUUUGAUGUCUUCUACAAAACAGCAUUGUGGGCUCGCAUAUAUAUAAAUGAAGGCCAAUUUGCUUAUGCUCUUUACAAUGCUGUCAUUCGACGUCCAGAUACUGUUUAUAUUCAACUUCCACCUCUCUAUGAGAUGUAUCCUUAUGCAUUUUUCAAUUCUGAAGUUCUUCAAAAGGCAAAUCACGCAAAGGUCUUUGGUAAACUAGAUUCGCAAAAGUCACUUGGAUAUGACACAUACAUUAUCCCAGCGAACUAUUCUGGCUGGUAUUACAAACAAGAAUAUGAUGGAGAGAGCAAACUAAAUUAUUUCACUGAAGAUAUUGGUUUGAACUUGUAUUACUUCUACUUCAGACAACAAUACCCCUUCUGGCUGAAAAGCGAAGAAUUUGAAUUCCCGGUUUAUCGUGGGGAAGAAUAUUUGUACGGACACAAACAAAUUAUGGCACGUUACCACUUAGAACGUUUAUCAAACGGUCUUGAGAAGGUAGAAGAUUUUGACUGGUCCCAAGAAUUCUAUCCUGGAUAUUAUCCAACCUUGACUUAUCACAACGGCCUGCCAUUCGUACAACGUCCACGCUGGAGUACGUUCCCAUUUUACAAAUACAAAUAUAUCAAGGAUGUACGCGAGAUGGAAUCACGUAUCACUGGUGCCAUUGAUUCUGGUUUUGUCUGGGAUAAAAAUGCCAAAAUGGUCAAUAUUAAUAGUCCAAAUGGUAUUAAUAUUCUUGGAAAUUUAAUUGAAGGUAAUGCGGAUUCAUUCAACUACGAUUUCUACGGAAGCUUAGACUAUUAUGCUAGAAAGAUUCUUGGAUAUAACGUGGAACCUGCAACACCGUACCAAAUUAUACCAAGCGCUCUUGAAGAUUAUGCUACAUCUUUAAGAGAUCCAGCUUUCUAUCGGCUCUACAAGAGGAUCAUCUAUUAUUACUACAGAUACAAAGUACGUCAGGAGCCUUAUACUAAGGAUAUGGUUGUUUUCCCAAGUUUCAAAGUUGAAUCCUUCGCUGUGGACAAAUUGUCAACUUACUUUGAUCAAUUUGAUACAUCCCUUAACAACGGUUUGGUGGUUGAGAGCCAAAAAGAAGCUGAGAGCUACGUUAUCAAAGCAAGACAAUAUCGUCUCAAUCACAAACCAUUCAAUUUCCAUAUAACCAUUAAUUCUGAAAAAAGUGCCAAAGUAGCUAUUCGCAUUUUCCUCGGACCUAAAUAUGAUGCACGUCAUAGAUUACUUAAUUUUGAAGAAAACUUCAAAUAUUUCUAUCAGAUUGACAACUGGAUACUUGAUUUAAAUGCCGGUAUAAACAAAAUCGACAGAAGCAGCAAAGACUGUUACUACUUAUCUCCUGAUCCGGAACCUGGUGAAGUUUUCUACAAGAAGAUCGAAAAGGCUUUGGAUGGCUCAGAAACCCUUAAAUACAACGAAAGAGUUUAUGGAUUCCCAGAAAGGUUGCUUCUCCCUAAAGGAAAACCAGAAGGUUUCCCAUUACGUAUGUUUAUCUAUGUCAGCCCAGUAUUAGAUGAACCUAAAAUUUACUCGUCUCGAAUCUUCGGUGAUUACAAAUUUGACGAUAAACCUGCUGGAUUCCCCUUGGAUAAACCAACCGUUAAUUUCCACUAUGACGGAUCUAACAUGUUAUUGAAAGAUGUUUUCGUUUUCCACAAGGAUGAAACUGAAAAGUUUUAACAAAAUAAUUAUUUGAUUUAUCAUUUACGUAAUUCAUUACAAAAAUGUUAAUUUUUAUUAG